UUUCAUGUUGAAUUACUAAUUCUUUUUCAUUCUUCCUUCUUUCUUUCUCAUUAUGAAUUUCAGUUUUGAAGGCAACUAUAAACCAAGACGCAACAUCAACUUGGGUAGUGUUAGAAAAGUCGAUGAUAAGAAGUCGCUUAUGGUCGAAGCUCAACUUGAAAGAAAACAACGAGAACAAGAGCGUCUUCGUUUAAAGAGUGCAGAACGUAUUCAGACAAAUACAAUGCUAUCUUUGAUGAGUAUCUUAUUGGUCCUAUCGACAUGAUUAUCUUGACUCGACAAUUGCUCUUAUUUUAUCAGCCUGAGAAAGACACAGCUUAUUUAGAACAAUACGCAGCUCAACUCACAGUGAUGCCUACAGGUGAUUCUUGGGUCUGGCUUGUCUGUCUGUUGAUUAAGAAAGUACUUUUACCCAGCAUAAAACAUCCUUUUGCAUCUCACCUAUUUUCUCGACUCUUGAAUGACCCUGAUCAUCAUAUCCGCAUCAUGACAUUUACGCUCUAUCAUACGCCUGUCUUCAAAACUAUCAUAGAUCAAGAUUCAGACUCUUCUGAUGAUGAUGACGACAAUGAUAAUGAUGAUGUGGUUAUGCAAGAAGCAAAACAACCUUCUCUAGUGAUAUCACCUCUUAUUUUAGCUCGUCUUGAAUCCCUAUAUGCCUCAGAUCGUAUUCAUGAACUUCUUUAUUCGUUUAUUCAACAACAACAAUCAGGCAUUGAAUCCAUUGCCAGUUUCUUUAAUACACUCAUGUUACGAUGGCCCUCUAAAAAGGACAGUAUUCUCAACACACUUCUAUAUAAAUCUCGACAAAAGACAGCCCAACCUUCAAUGAUCCAUCAAUUCAUGCUCCACUACUGUAAUAUCGUUUGAAAGUGUUUGAAUAGUCUCAGUUGCUAUUUAAAUAAGAGGAACGAUAGACACUUUGCUUAGGC